UCCAAUCUUCAGUCUCUUUUUCAACAAGAACACUCCCUAGACAAUUUUUGGUCUGAAUCAGUAAUUCCCCCGAACGCGGACAUUUUUUCUACUUCGUCUUUUGACUCAAAACCACGCAUAUAGCACCUCAAGUUUAAGUUUUGAAAAUUACAGUUGCUACUUUUGCCAACAUACCAACACCACCGGCGCUCCGCGAAACAUACCAAGAACCAUUGGAUUCGAUUUUCAAGCCUCGAUUUUUUCAUUAGCCCUUAUGCUUCCACUUAAAGCGCGAAGGGUUGGAGGUACAAGUUUUCAAGUGUUAUUUUGGACGCUUUCACUUUUAAGUUUGAAAUACGGGGCACUUCCAACACCUACUCCAUCCAUACUCGGAGAUCUAACCACUGAAGCUGCACGUGGAUCUAAAUUGACAAGCUCAAGUAAACCUGCGCUAAACAAUGCUGCACUAGGCCGUAUCUCAACCAAAAUCGAAAAUGGUUUCAAACCGAGUGAUCAAGGUGCCCAUAUCAGCGAGCUUAGAUUCACAGCCGAUCUUCCAGAACAACACUUGGAAAAAUCUGCUGAAAUUAUUGGUAAUGGUCACGUCAAAUCCGUCAAGAGUUUUUACAAUCCCAAAUCUGAAUCAGGCAAAGUGCCUCAAACUUCAGAUGUUUCUCAUAAUGCAGAUAAUUCCCAAGGUUUAAAUCAUGCGUCGGAUUCAGAUGCAGAAGAUGUCUUCUAUGAUGCACCAAGUGAAUUCGUAUCUGACGUACAGCCAUUAGAACAAUCACAUGAAGGCUUAGUGGCUGUGAAAGUCUCUACCAGACCAGAUGGAAAAGUGAUUCCAGAUGGUCGAUCACCAGAAGGUUAUACAAGGAACGGUAUUCGAGUCACCAUUAAUGGUGGUCGAUUUCAGGAAGAUGGGACCAUGAGCGCUAAAUCCAUAGCAGCAAUGGAGAAGGAGCUGGCUAAAAAAUUAGGAGGUCAUAGUCUCAAAGGGGAAUAUCUCAGGAUCAUGAGCAGAAAGUUAAGUAACCUUAAAAAAGGAAUCAAAACUUCACCAAAGGUCGAAUCAAAUCCACCACCGCCACCAACUGUAACUCAGGUUAUGAAGGAUGAAGUACCCCUGGUGAAGACAAUUGAAGGGACUAAAAACAAUGAGAUUAAAGGAUUUAAAAGUCAAUUCAAAGCUAAAAUGAGAAAGGUGAUUGAGAUCUUGAAAAAGUUUUCUAAGAAGAUUUUGAACUUUUUUGGAAUUUAUAAAUCCAAGUCAACAAAAGUUUCACCCGUUGAUGAGGCUCCAAAGCUAGUAGAUCCAACCCCACAACCUCCUAAAGCUGAUCAGUUGGAAGAUUUGAAAGAAAGAAAGGGACCUGAAAUUGAUACAAAUCCCAUCAAUAACAAACAUGAAACUGAUCCAGAGAUAAUGAAGAAACUUGAACAAGAUGCCGCAGGAGCUGCAGCCAUUCAAAAAUCAAGUUUACCACAAUCUCAUUUUAUGACAGAGCUUUGGAUUGAUACAAAUAAAGUUAAAGCUCAGGAUCGUGGAAAGGUGCUUCGAGAAAACAUUCGUAAACAUGUUCCUCAAAAGGUCAUCAAACAGAUCUUCAAGGUCUUGAGAAGCUCUCCUCCUGCUAACUAA